AAUACAGUUUUGGAAGAGCUUGAUUUUGUGACUCAGGCAUGCAACGGAAUGUUGACUUUUAAUCACUUGUCACUGUACAAAAGUAGCUUCAAAUACUCUUGAGCAUACAGUAAUGUGCUGUGUUAAUCCUCCCAAUCAAAACAGAAACUAGGCAACUGACAGGAAUGUCUGUCUGACAGACAGACAUUAGGAGGGCCAAGGGUGCAGGAGGAGCAGGAAUACUGCAGGAGGAAACUGGGAGACACUGCCAGGUGUAAACAGCCCCUGUGUGUUGGGUAACAUCAGUGAAAACUGCAGGAAAGGCCCCAAAACAGACUGCGAUGCACAGGCAGGCACAGAAAACAAGCGCAGGCAGUGCAUAUGUGACAGAAAUGUCAGGUUACAAAAUGAGCAAGUAUUCAACCAAGAGCAGCAGUCUCCUCCAAGACAACAGCUGGAUCAAGAAAGACGUGGAUGAGGAUGAGGACAUCGACCGAGAUCCAAACUUCGGUAAAGCUGUUCUGAGCCGGAGCCAAUACAGGUCCACUGAAAAGCUUGUGAGUUCUGAGCCUGACAAAGUUAAUUCCACCAAAACAAGCACGUCUGUGGAGGCUCUCACCAAGAGAUUCAGUUCAAGUCAGGAUGAUCUGAGUAACAGCACCACAACCACCACCACGGUGACCAAGGACGGAACCACUGAGACCAUCACCACCAGAUCCACUGUGAUCAGUUCUCCCACCCAGACGUUCACUGAACGGGUCAAGUCUUCAAGCAAAGGGACAAAAUACUCUACCUACACACCUACCAGAACAACCAAAGUCACUGAGACAACUGUUAGCAGCAAAGAUUCAGAGGACAAAUAUAACAAAACACUGGGUGAUCUCUCACUAGCAGACAUCAAUUCUGAUAGUUUUGUGACAACUACAUCAACAACAAGGACGUCCUCCGUGGUUGAGGAUGAGCUGUAUGACACCCUCCUGCCUAAAUCAAUUACAUCCUCUCCUGUCAGUACCAGCAUCAAAAAGAGAGAGGUGGUCUCAGUGGAGAGCAGCAGAGGAGAAAGCCCAACUUUAAUCAGCAACUCUUCACCAUCCUUCAGCAGCAGGACCAGCAGCUACAGCUCGUAUACUGAGGAAAUUCCUUACAACCGUACCAGCUCAUACUCCAUCAGUUCCGUGCCUGGCGACGAAUACACAAGCGAGCGCAAAUCCUACUCUUACACCAAACCAGACACCAGUUAUGAGUACAGCGGUACCAGCAGCCCCUCCACCUACAGAAAGUCAUACUCGAGCAGCAGGUCAGAUGGAAUUCUUUCGGAAUCCCCCUUCUCUAGAUCCUCCGCCAAGAGUGUUUAUGUGUCUUCUGAGAGGACAUUGCUUGAAAAAGACCUGUGCAGCUCCUGCCGCAAGCCGUUCACCGGUGAUGCCAAGAUGGUCCUGGAUGACAUGAAGAUCAACUGCCACGCUACCUGCCUGAAGUGUGAGGUGUGCAACAGCACUCUGGGUCACAUGAAGGCUGGGGACUCCCUGUGGGUCUACAAACGCAUGGUACACUGUGAGAACUGCUUUGCCGUCACCAGAGAAAAGUGGCGUCGCUGAGUUUCCCCCAAGCCUUCACUGGAGACAUAAGCAUGUGACUUAAAAGUGGAUUACUGUUAUCGAUAUGUUUUGGGUGACAUGGGUUCUAUUGUACUCCAAGCUGUCAGUGCUUUAUGUGAGUGUUUUGACAAAUGAAAGUGAUGAAUAUGAGUUUUAAUAACAUGCACACACUAUUGCAGCUAGUUGUCACUGUUGACAUUGUGAUAUUUCUGUCUCUGUGCUUAUUAUUUCUUUUUUUUCCUACAAAUUUGAGAAAGCAUUUCUGUUAUUCUUUAAAGUCUGAUGCCUUCGAGGGGAUUCUUGUGUGUAAAUGUGAUGGAAUGUCUUGCAUAUUUCUGGGCCGGGGGCUUUUACUUUGUGCAAUAAAGGCAAUCAAUAUAUCCCGAUCUGAAACCC